UAAAUAAAUGAGUACGUAAUGAUACAGCUUAUUUGACGUUAUUAAUUGUAGUUAAUCAUGUCACUGGCAUCCCAAAGUUAACAUGAUAAUGGUGGCACGGGUACUGGACAUGGAUACUGAGGGCUUUGGGGAACUCCUGCAGCAGGCAGAACAGCUUGCUGCAGAGACUGAGGCCGUGUCUGAGUUGCCCCAUGUUGAGCGAAACCUACAGGAGAUCCAACAAAUCGAAAGAGAGAAGUUUGACAUUUCUGGACAAUCACUCAGCCACACCCAUCAAAAUGUACAGGGCUUUCUGAAGAACGAGAGAGACAAUGCACUGCUGUCAGCCAUCGAGGAAUCACGCCGCAGGACAUUUCUUCUAGCGGAGGAGUACCACAGAGACUCUAUGUUGGUGCAGUGGGAGCAGGUGAAGCAGAGAGUGUUGCACACCCUGCUGGGAGCUGGAGAGGAUGCACUGGACUUCAGCCAGGAAGUGGAGCCCAGUUUCGUGAGCGAGGUCGGAGUUCCAGGACGCAGUGCACUGGACAGUGUGGAAGCUGCCUACAGCCGACAGAUCUAUAUCUUCAAUGAGAAGAUAGUAAAUGGGCAUCUUCAGCCCAACCUGGGAGAUCUCUGUGCCUCAGUAGCCGAAAGCCUGGAUGAUAAGAAUGUGUCAGACAUGUGGCUCAUGGUGAAGCAGAUGACAGACGUUCUGUUGGUGCCGGCAAAGGACACGCUGAAGAGUCGAGUGUCUGUGGACAUGCAGAUGGCCUUCGUCAGACAAGCCCUGCAAUUCCUGGAGAACAGCUAUAAAAAUUACACUAUGGUCACUGUAUUUGGGAAUCUGCACCAGGCUCAGCUGGGUGGAGUACCUGGCACUUAUCAGCUCGUAUGCAGCUUACUGAACAUCAAGCUGCCGACUCCGCUGCCAGGCAUGCAGGACGGCGAGGUGGAGGGACAUCCAGUGUGGGCUCUGAUCUAUUUCUGCCUGCGUUGCGGAGACCUGUCUGCCGCCAUGCAGGUGGUGAACAGGGCACAGCAUCAGCUGGGCGACUUUAAGAUCUGGUUUCAGGAGUACAUGAACAGCCCCGACCGACGUUUGUCUCCAGCUACAGAGAAUAAACUGCGACUUCAUUACCGACGUGUGCUGAGGAACAGUGCCGACCCCUACAAGCGUGCAGUCUACUGCCUUAUCGGCAAAUGCGACAUCGGCGACAAUCAUGGAGAGGUGGCCGAUAAGACAGAAGACUAUCUGUGGCUCAAGCUGAAUCAAGUGUGUUUUGAUGAGGACGGGAGCAGUUCCCCUCAGGACAGAAUGACUCUAGCCCAACUUCAAAAACAGCUGCUGGAGGACUAUGGUGAGUCCCAUUUCUCGGCCAGCCACCAGCCAUUCCUGUACUUCCAGGUGCUUUUCCUGACUGCACAGUUUGAGGCGGCCAUAGCAUUCCUUUUCCGAGUGGAGCGUCUGCGCAGCCAUGCUGUUCAUGUAGCUCUGGUGCUGUAUGAACUCAAACUGCUGCUCAAAUCAUCAGGGCAGAGUGCACAACUCUUGAGUCAAGAGGCUGGAGAUCCUCCAAUGGUGCGACGGCUCAACUUCAUCAGGCUGCUUAUGCUCUACACCCGCAAGUUUGAGUCUACAGACCCACGAGAGGCCCUGCAGUACUUCUACUUCCUCCGGAAUGAGAAGGACAGUCAAGGAGAAAACAUGUUCAUGCGCUGUGUCAGCGAGCUAGUCAUCGAGAGUCGGGAGUUCGAUAUGCUUCUUGGAAGACUUGAGAAAGAUGGAAGCAGAAAGCCCGGCGUGAUUGACAAGUUUGCCGGAGACACGCGGGCCAUCAUUACCAAGGUGGCAUCGGAGGCCGAGAACAAGGGGCUGUUUGAGGAGGCCGUCAAACUGUACGAGUUAGCCAGGAAUGCUGACAAGGUUCUGGAGCUGAUGAACAAAUUGUUGAGUCCAGUUAUCGCUCAAGUCAGCGAGCCCCAGUCCAACAAAGAGCGACUCAAAAACAUGGCAGUGGCUAUUGCUGAACGGUAUCGUACUAAUGGUAUAGCUGGGGAGAAGACUGUGGACAGCACCUUCUACCUGCUUCUGGACCUCAUGACGUUCUUUGAUGAGUACCACACUGGCCACAUAGACCGAGCCUACGAUGUGAUUGAGAGGCUAAAGCUGGUUCCCUUAAGUCAGGAGAGUGUUGAAGAACGGGUUGCAGCCUUCAGAAACUUCAGCGACGAGAUAAGACAUAAUUUGUCAGAGGUUCUGCUGGCCACAAUGAAUAUCCUGUUCACACAAUACAAGCGUCUAAAGGGGGCUGCAGCAGGUACGCCAGGAAGACCUCAGCGUACCCUAGAGGACAGAGACAUGCUGCUGCGCAGUCAAGCCCGGGCUCUGAUCACGUUUGCGGGAAUGAUUCCAUACCGGAUGGCUGGAGAUACCAAUGCCAGACUGGUUCAGAUGGAGGUCCUAAUGAACUGAAACUCUCCACUUCACCCUUCUCCAGCAGCGGUCUUUCAUUGUCCUCAUUCCAUCAUUACUUUUG